AUGAAGAGCAUGAAGUCUCGCCGCGGCGGCAAUGAUCGCGGGGGCAUUCGCAAGCGGGGCCCUACUCGCACCGACCGAGAUGGCGAUAUGGACAUGGAUGCAGGUGGUGCUCGUUCAAAGCGAACCCGCGCCGAGAAAUCUGCCCUAGGUGGUCGCUCCGCCGGCAUCGGUGCAGGUGGCCGAACUGCUGGAACCGGCAACCGGGCCCAUACUCGCAACAAGCUUAUGGACGCCGACGCUAUUCAGAGAGCCAUUUCCCUCGCCGACAACCAAGCAAAUGUUCAGCAUGGCGGCCGGAAAAAAACCGGCGGCGAUCUGGAACCAUUCAGUGUCCGAGGAUGGAAAGAAAGCAAGGCAGCAACCAACCGUGAUGGCGGCCUCGAGAGUCUCAUUGCUUUCCUGGAACGACGCAUGAAUUCAUUCAUCAAAUCCGGACCCCGCGCAAAGAUUACAAAGUCGCGCGUUGAAGGUGACAUUCUUGUGGCAUACGUUCGACCUGAUCUGGCGGGUCACAUGCUUCGCAUCAACAACAAUGUCUUUGCCGGAGCUCAUGUUUCCGUUGAAGCAUACACUGCCGCCACCGCAUUUGAGCAGGAAUUGGCCGCAGCGGCCCCCGCCUCUAGCUCCACCGGCAAUACUAAGAUUAAAAUGACUACUAUCCUCGGCAAACGCUUCUUCCCUGCCACUAAGCUACUUGAUUUGUCGAAUACGGUGGACGAUCCCGAAAUCAAGGAGCUAGGAGUUUUCGACACCAUGUCUACCAAGUCAAAGUUCUUCCCUGCUCUCAUGAAGGUCUGGGAAAUGGGCUUCAAGACCGCAACUGAGCGACGUGAGGCGGUCGAAAGUGUCAGUCUGGCCUCAAACAAGCUCAGCAACAUCACUCCCGUGACAACUCUUGCACAAUAUUUCCCCGAUAUCCAAUAUCUAGACCUCUCAAAGAACAACAUCAAAAAUGCGCAAGCGAUGUCUGGAUGGCGGUGGAAAUUCCGCAACCUCAUCUUCCUCGACUUGACCGAUAACGAGAUCAGUUCCGAUCCGACUUUCAAAGACACCAUGCUCAAGUGGUAUCCCAAGCUGCAAACUUUGAACAACGUGCAGGUGCGAACCCCGGAAGAGGUCGCCGCUCAGAAGAAGACACCGAUCCCCGUCUUGCCCCCUCACUUCAUUGACGAAUCCCAAAUCGGCGAGAACUUCGUCCGUGCUUUCUUCCCUGGAUAUGACAACGACCGCAACAGCCUCGUCAGCAACGUCUACGAUGAUGAAUCCUCUUUCUCCCUGAAUGUAAACACCACCGCUCCACGGGCCGGUCAAACUGAGACCGCAGGUUGGGGUGAAUACAUCAGAAAGAGCCGGAAUCUCGACAAGAUCAGCCACCUUUCCGCACGGAUGUCGCGCUCCUUCAAGGGCGUUGAGAAAAUUCGUGAAGUUUUCAAUGAACUCCCUCCCACUCGCCACCCAGACCUUAUCACAAAAGCAGAUCAAUGGCUCAUUGAAUGCUACCCGGUCGCCCAUCUCCCUGACCCUACUGGACAGAGCCCCUAUGGCGUUGGUGGCCUCGCCCUCACGGUGCAUGGACAACUUGAGGAGAGCGUUGGUGGCAAGGUCGAGAUCCGCAGCUUUGAUCGAACCUUUAUCAUUGGCCCCGGUAAAACCCCCGGUGGCAUCCGAGUUGUCAGCGAGGUUUUCACCCUACGCGCUUAUGGUGGACAUGAGGCAUGGUCCCCUGAGAUCCAAGCACUUUCCCAAAUCCCGCAGGUUGCAGCUCCCGGCCCCGUUCCUACUGCGACCCCUGCUCCCCCUGCAGCUGCCUCCGGUGGUGUUGCUGAAGGAUACGGCUUGCCCCGACCUGGAAAAUCCGAUACCCAACUUCAGCAGGAACAGAUGGUUGCUCAGAUGAGUAGCAAGUCGGGCAUGACUUUCGAAUACUCAGAGAUGGCCCUCACGGGCAAUGGAUGGAAUCCCGAGCUUGCUUGGAAGAACUUCGAACAGCUCAAGGCAACCAAUGCACUUCCUCCUACCGCUUUUCUUGCUCCGGCGUGA